UUGAAUUGAAUUGAAGUGGGAGAAGAGAUAGAGAGAUAAUUCACCAUGGAGGAAGUGACGAGAUCUGUGUUAGCAGAGGAAAUACUGAAGCGUUUAGAUCUCGAGAAUCUCUGUUCCGUCGCCUGUGUUUCCACCACGCUCCGCUCCGCCGUUGUCUCCGGCGUUCUCCCUUCUCUUACCUCUCUCGAUCUCUCUGUUUUCUCUCCCGACGAGGAAACUCUGAAUUACAUGCUGCGUGGUUGCAUCGGACUCAGGAGCCUAACUCUGAACUGUCUCCGCCUCAGCGUUGCUGCUGUGCGUGGGGUUCUCGGGCCACACCUCCGGGAACUUCACUUGCUCAGGUGUUCACUUCUUAACUCCACCGUCCUCAAUUCCAUCGGGAGCCUCUGCCCAAAUCUCCGGGUUCUUACGCUGGAAAUGACAGACCUGGAUUCACCCGUUGUUUUUCAAUCAAACCUGACACAAAUGCUUAAUGGGUGCCCGUAUCUGGAGUCUCUGCAACUAAAUAUCCGAGGUAUCCUAGUAGAUGCCACCCCUUUCCAGUCUGUUAGAUUCUCCUUGCCUGAAACCCUCAAAGUUCUAAGGUUACAGCCAUUGCUCGAGUCCGAGGCAAUUCUUCUCAUGAACAGAUUCAAAGUCUCCGGAAGUUGUUUAUCUAAGGCUGAUUAUAGUGCCUUGCUUUCUCCUUCACCUUCUUUGACUUUGCAAAGUCUGUCUCUUGUACUGGACUUGAUUUCUGACAGGCUAAUCAUAGCUAUCACAGGUUCUCUUCCUCAACUUGUCAAACUGGACCUUGAAGACCGUCCUGAAAAAGAGCCAUUUCCUGACAGUGACUUGACUUACACUGGGCUUCAGUCUCUGGGUUAUUGUCAGCAACUCACAAGCCUCUCUCUAGUUCGAAGUUGUUACAACCGCAAGAUAUCAUUCAAGAGAAUUAAUGACAUGGGUAUAUUUCUCCUUUCCGAGGCUUGCAAAGGUUUAGAGUCAGUGAGACUUGGCGGGUUCCCAAAAGUCAGCGAUGCUGGUUUCGCAUCGCUCCUUCACUCGUGCCGGAACCUGAAAAGGUUUGAAGUUCGAGGCGCCUUCCUGUUGUCUGAUUUGGCAUUCCAUGAUGUCACAGGAUCUUCUUGUUCUCUCCAAGAGGUCAGGCUCUCCACGUGCCCUCUCAUAACCAGCGAAGCCGUGAAGAAACUGGGGUUGUGUAGCAAUCUUGAGCUGCUCGACUUAGGAAGCUGCAAAAGUAUAUCAGAUUCUUGCCUAAAUACUGUUUCAGCCCUCAGAAAGUUAACUUCUCUGAAUCUCGCAGGAGCUGAUAUAACAGACAGUGGCAUGCUUGCACUUGGUAAGUCGGAUGUUCCCAUCACGCAACUCUCCCUCCGCGGCUGUAAGAGAGUCAGUGACAGAGGAAUUUCCUAUCUGUUGAACAGUGAAGGAACAAUCAGCAGAACAUUGUCAACACUUGAUCUCGGUCACAUGCCAGGAAUCUCAGACAGAGCUGUACACACAAUCACGCGCUAUUGCAAGGCUUUAACAGAGCUAAGUCUUAGGAGUUGCUUUCACGUGACAGAUUCUUCGAUAGAGUGGCUUGCUACAAGGGAAAGACAAGCAGAGGGAGGAAGCAAACAGUUGAGGAAGCUCAACGUCCAUAACUGUGUGAGGUUGACGACUGGAGCACUGAGAUGGCUGAGCAAGCCGUCAUUUGCAGGUCUCCAUUGGUUCGGAUUGGGACAGACACGGUUCGCUGGUCGUAAGGAGACAGCUAGGUUCCGCGAGCAGAGACCCUGGCUCACGUUGUGUUUUGAUGGGUGUGAGCUUGGAUGCUAUGAUGGUUGGGAAUUCCACACGCCUCAACGCCAUUGAGGAAGCUCGUCGUCUAACUAGUUUAUGUAUUGUAUAAAUUCUAAAAAUCGUUCAGAAAAAUGAUUCAAUGUACAAGAAUGUGUAAUUUAUUUGAAACUUUUUAUUUUCUUUAAA